GAGGCACACGGCACGGGCACCCCGACCGGGGACCCGAUCGAGGUCAUGGCCAUCGCCAACAUCAUCGCCUCCGUGAGUCCUCCAGGAUCGGACCCACUCCUCCUCGGCUCCGUCAAGUCUGCCAUCGGCCACACCGAGGCCGCAAGCGGCCUCGCCAGCGUCAUCAAGGUCGUGUGCGCUCUGGAGGCUGGCGUCGUGCCCCCGAAUAGCAACUUUGAGGAGCUCAACCCGAAGCUGAGGCUAGAGGAGUGGAACAUGCAGGUCCCGACGACGGUCCGGCCGUGGCCCAAGCGAGGCGCGACGCGGAGGGCAUCCAUCAACAACUUUGGAUUCGGGGGCGCCAACGCACACGUCAUCCUAGAGGAG